AUGAACGCGUGGCUACAAGACUUACAAAGUGUUGGAUACAUAUUUCCCGCUCUAAUAAACCAACGAAAAACUCAAGAGCUGGUGGUUCAAAAACGUGCAGCUGUUUGUGUAACAGGAGUCAUCGAAUGCAUUCAUGAGGCGUGGGAACAGAGUGAACAUGAGAUUCAUCGCCGCUUAAAUGGUGAUAUUGACACAUUUUUAUUCUUAUCCUCCACCGAACCAAAAGGAGUCACACCACCCAUUGUUCCACUAGAAAAGCGUCUAAAAGAUGCACGUCUCUACAACGCCACCGUCAAAAUAUUAUACGAAGAUCGUCCCUUGGAUCCGGGACUGCCCUCUAGCUGCCAAACGAAUUAUCAAAUUCCCCCUCCUUAUGUUCAAUUAGCCGAUUACAAGAUUCCCCAAUAUUUUCAGCAAUUAUGGGCAUUAGCUAAAUCAUUAUCAAAAUCAAACUUUCGUUAA